AUGGUUGCAUCUUAUAUGUGGAAGGCUUUGCUGCCAGUCGCAGCUGUCGCGAGCUAUGCUUCAGCAGAGGCCUGUGCUGGUGGUGAUUGGGACGUGAUCGUCGUCGGCUCUGGCCCAGCAGGUAUCGUUACAGCAGACCGCAUGAGCGAAGCUGGCAAGAAGACUCUACUCCUAGAGCAGGGCGGCCCGUCAUACUACGUAACCGGCGGUCGUGCUCGACCAGAAUGGCUAAACGGGACUGAACUGAGCCGCGUUGACGUUCCAGGGCUGUACAAGUCCAUCUUUUCGAACUCGGGAGAAGGCAACCUGACCUGCGCAUCAGACGUCGUCAACGCGUUCCAAGGAUGCACUGUCGGUGGUAACUCGGCAAUCAACGCUGGACUGUUCUUCCAGCCGCCCGCGAGCGAUUGGAACCGCUACUUCCCAGAAGGCUGGAAGGAUGCCGACAUGCAAUCAGCUAUCAAUAAGGUUAGGACGAAACAGCCGAACACAGACAGCCCUUCAAUGGAUGGCAAGCGGUAUCUGCAGAGCGGCUACGAAGCCGCGAAGCAAUGGCUAGUCGAUGGCGCUGGUUAUGCGGAGGUCGGUCUCAAUGAUGGUAUUGAAAACCACAACAAGAGCAAGGCCUUUGGUCACCCCAUCUGGUACUAUGAGAACGGCCAAAGGAGCGGACCAGUGAAGACCUACCUUCAGUCCGCGCUUAAUCGAACGAACUUUUCCUUCCAGACCGGUACCAAGGUGCUGCGUGUCCGUCGAGAAGGCGAUGUAGCGACUGGUGUUGACGUUCAAACCAAUGGCGCAACUGGCUCUCACAGUAUCUGCAUCAAGGAGGGCGGAAUGGUCAUCUCUUCAGCCGGCGCGCUUCUCAGUCCCCAACUGCUGAUGUGGUCAGGUAUCGGUGAGGCAGAGACCUUGAAGAACCUCUCUAUAAAAGGUCACGUUAGCGUCCCUUCUCAAGACUGGAUCAAUAACACCGCUGUUGGUAACAGUGUCUUUGAUAAUCCAAACACCUUCAUCGAGCUAUACUCCGACGAGGUCGCGUCGUACAGUUACAACUACUCCAACCCACCUGUGCCCGACAUUGAUCUUUACCUCAACAACCGGUCAGGACCUUACACAUUCGCUUCGCAAACAAGCGCAUUCUGGGACUACAUAGAGCAAGGCGACGACGUAGUAGGCUGCCAGGGUACCAUCGACUCUUCUGGUGCAAUGGGCCUCAUGGAAAACGGAACCAUCACACUCAAUGUCUACGGCACAUCUGGUCUUCGAUCCGUCGGUCGUGUAAACCUCGAUGCUAGGGGUAUCGCCUUACCAUCGUCAAACUUCUACUCUGAUCCCCGCGACGCAACGGCAAUCGCCACAUUCGUCCACAACAUCUUCCAAGCUCUUCCUCCCACCCUCACUCCGCUUAACGUUGCAAAGAACUCGACGGUCGCGCAACUUACAACUUGGUUGACCACGCCAAGUGCAUAUACACUUGGCAAUGUCCAGCAUUGGAGCAGCAGUUGCCGGAUGGAAUCUUGCGUUGAUGCGGAUACGAAGGUAAUGGGCAUGCAGAACUUGUUCGUGAUUGAUGCAAGUAUCGUGCCGCCUCUUACUACCAACCCAGUCAUGGGUGUUAUGAUCGUGGCAGAGAGGGCGGUGGAGAGAAUAUUAGCGUUGAGCAAGUAA